AUGCAGAAGUUUUCAGACGACACUGCAAUAGUGGCGUGUAUCGGGGAUGGGCAGGAGGAUGACUACAGGAACCUGGUGGAUGAUUUUGUCCAGUGGUGCAAUGUCAACCAUAUGCAACUGAACAUUCCCAAAACCAAGGAGAUGGUGGUGGAUUUCAGGAGGACGAAGCCAACUAUGCUGCCAGUCUCCAUUGAAGGGGUCAGCACAUUCAGAUACCUAGGGGUACACCUGGACAAUAAACUGGACUGGUCAGCCAACACUGAAGCACUCUACAGGAAAGGGCAGAGUCGGCUCUACUUCCUCAGGAGGCUGCGGUCUUUCAAUGUCUGCAGUAACCUCCUCUGGAUGUUUUACCAGUCUGUCAUCGCCAGUGUCCUUUCUUAUGCCAUUGUGUGCUGGGGAGGCAGCAUUAAGAAAAGGGACGCUGGGCGACUGGAAAGGCUGGGUGUGCCCCAGGGCUCAGUGCUAGGACCACUGCUCUUCCUCAUCUACAUGCGACCUCUAGAACUUCAGAGAGAUUCAGACAGCAUGGCUCCCCACACACUGCUGCUACUCCUGGCUCUGGUCACUGGCACAUCCUGCUCACACUUCGCAGGUGGCCAGAUGAGCUACUACCCAAAGGGACGAGACAUCUAUGGAAACUAUCAGGUGGACCUGCACUUCAAGGAGAGCUUCCUGGGCUCCUGUAGCCUCAACAACCCUUGGAUCUGCUCCACUGGGGACUGCGGGGUUGUUGCUUCAACUCAAAUCGGCGCUGUAUCCAGUGGAAGUGAGGCUUGUCAACAUGAGGGAAUCGUGCAGGUUAACGUGACAACGAACAAGCCUUUUGAAAUGAGCUACGGUUCAUGUUGCUGGGUGAACAACGUACGGACUGGUUCUGGCCCCUGGAAUUUGGUGUCACAUGUGGAUCUGGGAAUCAGGUCAGACACAAGAGCUCCAAAUAGAUCUCCACUAACGACUAUCCUGCCGAUUAUCAGUCUUGCAAAGAACUGUCCUGCCACAAUCAAACUGUUGAGUCAUGACAUGGAUGGAGACCGGGUCAGAUGUAGAUUUGGAAAUAAUGGUGACUGUGGUGUGUGUGCUUCCCACACACAAUUCCACCUGGAUGAAGAGACCUGUGAGCUGCAUUACCGUGGCAAUGCUGCCACUGGUACCCAUGUGUUUGAAAUUGUUGUGGAGGACUUUCCCAGAAAAGAUAUCUGGCUAUCUUACUCUGAUGGAAGUAAAACAGUCAAACACCCACUGCCUUCAACUCCCAGUAGCUCCGUAACACCAAUAAGCAAGGUUCCUUUACAUUUUGUUAUCAAGGUGAAGCCAUCAUUGGCAAGCUGUACUGCAGGCUUGCUCUUACCUCUUCUUGUGACCCCAAGUCCACAAUAUGGAGACAUCUUGAAUGCCACAGUCGGCAAACCCCUGGAAAUCCACAUUGCUGCACAGGCUCAACAGUCAAACAUUACUGACAUAGUGGCGACUGGGCCUUUAGGCAUCAGUCACACCUUUAAUAUUGGAUCUGGUAAAAUGAUCACAAAAUGGAUGCCAAAAGACAGAGAUGUGGGUGACCAUUUUCCUGUCUGCUUCAGUGCAGAGUCCCGAAGUGGGUAA